ACCUUUCACCCGGAUGUUAUCGUCCGGAGAACCACGUGAAAAAAGUAAACACGGCGGGUUAGUGGAAAAAUGGAACUAAAGUCCUCAAAAACGAGUUCUGCCGCUUUACUGAGCUGUGGCAAUAAGCGAGGUUUCAGUGAGAAGUUGCUGCUCAAACCAAAACCCAACGGGCCCCAGACCGAGAGAGUACCGAGGAGCACUGUCCUGGAUCGUCUACAGAGCUUCCUGCCUCAGAUGGCAGCGGCCAAUCAGAAGCUGCUGAGGGAGAUGGAGUCGGGGUCAGCCGAACAGUUCGACAUUGAGAAUGUGGACGAUGCACCAAGGGUCAUUGAGAUGGAUGUAGCCUUGGUGGAGUUAGAUGGAUCAGAAUGCAGCUCAGAGGAGGAGACUGAGAAUUCCGGUUCAAAUUCUGACAGUGAAGACGAGACACAAGUAACUGAAAACAACUUGAAACUGCCUGGGCACACCAAGAGAAAGGCAGAUAUACAGGUUCUAAGGGAGAGUGCACAGGAAACAGAGUACACAUCACACAUUUAAAAUUCUAAAUCUGAUGACACAAUUUUUUUUUCAUGGACAUUGUAGAGACUUUUUCUACUCAAAUUUUUAAAUACAAAAAAAACCAACAACUUCUGAAUUUGGAAAAAAAAUUGAAGAAGGAUAUGUAAUUUUUCAAUGGUGAUCAAUGCAUUUGCUCUUGGACAACAUGAGACUGAACCUUCACAUCUGAACAAUAUAAGAACUGAAAUUAUAUAUAUUUGAAUGUGGAUCGUAUGCCUUACAUAAAUGCAUAUUGUUCUAAGCUUAAAGAGAGGGUAUUCUGCAAAAUUGAGUUUUCUAUGAUGUUGUAACGUUGUCAUCAAAAACAUGCCUGCAGAGGUUUUAGAUGUCAUCCUGGCAUGUUUAAGUAAUCUAGUGAUCUCCCACGGGCCCUACAAGAUACAACAUGAUACAAAACUGUACACAGCAACUUGACAAACCUGAUCUGAUGUGCAGUAGUUUCAUUAGUGGGAUGCGUGUUGAUUGUAUUGUGAUAGCGCUCUGAAGGGGGAGUGACUGCAGGGGGCAAAGGGAGGGGAGACUCAGAGUUUCAAAAACAAAACUGAAACUUAUAAAGCAUGUUAAUAUGUUGUUU